CAGAGUGUUACGUCGACGAUAGAGACACCCUGUACUAAAUAAUAAAAGUCGUCAGGCCCCAGCGAUUGCCCCAGGGCCCGCCCACUACCGAACCGGACCCGCUUUCUACCUGUUUACUCGCAGCGCAUCCCGGAUUCUCCAAACCUUUCCUAACAACUAGGCUCCUACAUCGCAUUGAUAACUCGCUUUUCACGGCCGGCGCAUCGCAGCCGUGCCGCCAUGUCUACCGUUACCGCGACGCAAGGCCCUGUUGAGGCUCGCUCACUGUCGUCGAUCACCGCCAUCGCAUCCAAUCCCCCCGCCUAUCCGCGCAAUCCCACACACGAGAAGCUUGACCCGCUAGUACUAUAUAUUGUACGGGUUCCUGGGAGUCAAGACAUCUUCCUUUCACCUGUUAAACCGCCAACGAAAUCCAGUGUCUCUGCCGAGGCGGUUAAUGCAUCGCUCUUCUAUUUACACGUCGCGACGCCCGAGGAUGACGCGCUGCUGCAGGAGGUUGAGCUGGAGCGCGAGAAGGAAAAACAACGCCGGAGGGAAGAGCUUGAGGCGGCUGGUCUUGAUGACCCUUCUCAGCGGGAAUUUGCUCGCCUGAACUACCCCAAGAGGAAGCCUGUAGGUGGUGCAGAGGCUAUUCCGGACAUUGCGCCAGCUUUGACACAAGAGAACAUCGCUGCCCCGCCGGGUAAUAAUGCUCCUGCGUUGCCGCCACGACUGCCCCCUCUGCCGCAGUUCUCGGCGGAGAAUAUAUCUUUUAUGGGGACUCCUGUUGCCAAUGCACCACCGGUCAUAAGCCAUGAUCUUGUCAAGACACCCGUGGAGCCUACAGCCCCAAGCCCGGUCUUGCGGCGACCUUUGCCUCCUGUGCCGCCCAGUGAAGAGCCGUUCAGUGGUCAAUUAGGCGAUGAAGCGCAAUCAAAAGUGGAAAAUCGGUGGAGCGCAUUUGCGGGACAGGAGUCUAGUAAAGGACGUGAUUCAUGGAGAGACAGAUAUGAGGCUUUUGCGGCCGGUCGUCAUAGUCUUGAUGCGAAUAGGCCGCCGUUGCCGCCUCGCCCGACACAGCCUCGGACAGCAUCGCCAUCAAGAAGUCCCGGUCAGUCUCCUUCUAGACAGAGGAGAGCAAAUCGGCCAGCUCCAAUCAACAGCGGCAAUGACACUGGUUUCCGCCUUACGCUCAUCCGGCGUGACCCCGCGUCUGGUACGCAGUGGAACGUCGCGACGAUCUCAACUCCGCAUAUGGAUCACAAUGCAAUUGAAAUUGAGAUUGCUACACCGGGGUAUAACAGAUUUGCUGGUACAAAUGAGCAACUUUCGCUUGCCAGUCUAGCCGCAAACCUCCCCGCGGGAAUGAUGCGAAACUCUGGGUCUUCUAUACCUAUUCCGCCAUCAGCAAACGUCGAUAAACCCACCGAGCAACAGCAGCAGCAGCCAUCAUUCGGACCACGCAAAUUUCACCGUCAACUCUGUGUCUCCAAGCCAUUUGAAGACUCUGUAAACUCAGAAUUAAAAAGCGGCUACUACGUCUUCAACUCACCCUGGAACGGCACCUGCACAUUCGCCAGCAGCGUCAACGGCCGCAGUCUGAAAUGCAAACACAUGAUCCAAGGUCCAGUCGGCGUACCCCAGCCAGGCGACGACCCCAACCCAGCCGUAACAGUCGCCGAGCUUCGCUUCAACACGCCCUUCCAGGCCGCAAAUCUUCACUACCACGCCGCUCCACGAACACCCACAAACCAAUACCCAUCUCCAACCUCCACAUACGACCCUUCAAGUCCAGACAACCAAUCCUCAAAACGAGCCUCACUAUCUCAGUUCCUGAAUCCAAAUACCUACGCCCGACCUCGUGCUCACUCCGGUCCCAAUGCCCCUUCAACUGUUUCUCCGAACACAGCUGAUCCCCAACGUCCACCGUUCAACCCUGCUGCUCUGCUCCGCCGAACAUCGCUUCGCGCGGGCCGCUUUGCGCAGCAGCAGAGUACUCGGUUUGGACAUCAGCCUUUUCAUCAUAGGAGUAUUAGUACUAGUAGUGGGGAUUCGGAUGAGGAUCGAUUGGACUUUUCGCUUGCGAGGGAGCUUGCUGGAGGUGGGAUGAGGGGCAAGAGUGCUAAGUUGGGGAAAUUGAUCAUUGAGGAUGAGGGGAUUAAGAUGUUGGACUUGGUUGUUUCGGCUUGUAUGGCUGUUUGGUGGAGGGGAUAUUAUCAUUGA